AGAAACUUAAUUAGUCAUGGGACCAUAAAUCAACUGGCCAUGCUGGCACAGCCUCUCAUGUCUUUGCUGUUCCUGCAUGUUUUUCUAUUCAUAAUUUUCAACUCUUUAUUUCCCUCCUUGGCUUUGAGUAUUGACAUACCUAAAGCAUCCAAAUUCAGUAACCCUUCAAAUGAUGCAUCAAGUAAAGAAGAUUCUCAAUCUGGCAAAUGUUUGGAGGGACAGCCUCCCGUGCCUGACACAUGGAACCUUUUUGGGAUCCCUGGGGAUGGAUAUUAUAUUGCUGCUCAAAUUGGUACUCCUCCACAGCAGAUGAACCUGGUUGUUGACACGGGAAGUAGCAACUUGGCUGUAGCUGGAGCCAACAGCUCUGAACUGGACUCUUUCUUCAAGCCACACGCUUCAUCUUCAUUUGUUUUUAUAAAUGAUUCUCACUUGAAAGUUUCUUACUCACAGGGCUGGUGGGCAGGGUCAUUAGGCACGGACUUGGUGGAAGUUCCUGGCCUUCGCUGCUCAUUCAAAACUCGCUCGUUCGUUGCACUCAUCACUCAGUCACAAGGCUUUUAUGUGAAUGGUUCACACUGGCAGGGGAUACUAGGUUUAGCUUUUCCGGAAUUGGCUCAACCAAACCGAACUGUGACACCUUGGUUUGAUUCAGUGUUGUCUUCUACAAAGAGCCUUAAUUCUGCCACAAGCAUUCUACUGUCACCUGAGAAGAAUUCGAGUCUCACACGGCAAUCAACAUCAUCCAAUGAUGGACUUGACCUUGAAGAGUUUAUUAGACAAGUAAAAAUAGAUAAAUAUAAAAAAUCGUUGAAAUAUUCUGAUAAUGAAGACAUAAUUGAUAAAUUAUUUGAUAAUGAAAGCGCCGUUCAAAGUAGUGCAGUGUCUGUGAGGCCUCACCAUGACGCAUUAAGAGAAAAGCGUGCCAAAAUACACUCAUCCAGUGCCAUGAUGCCGAGUCAUACAGUACAACUAGACAAUAGACGUAGAAGCAGUAGCGUAGAAUUUCGAAAUUCACGUCGUGAGAGCAAUGAAACUGUGAUUCAGAGAGUAGGUAUGUUAUUAGAGGAUAUGCUGAGUAGUAUAAAUGACGUACCGCGUAAUCUAUCUGUGAUAAUGGACGUGCCAGCAGAGUCUGGCCCAGAACCACUUGUUGAGUAUUCAACGGCCAAAAACUCUGGUUUAUACCUAAUUCCAGAGACGAUGGUCGACCUCCUAUCUACCGACAAUCUUUCUGAAACUCUCAAUGUCUCUAAUGUAGAGCUUUAUACGACAAACCAAUCUAACUUAUUUGAAAAUGUGCGUAGUGCAAUGGAGAAUGAUUCGUUGCAAAUGACGCAUUUAGAUGCCAUUAAAACAAAUAGAGAUUUGCCUGUCAGUCAAGUACAAAAGCGUGAUAUUGGGAACUACAGUGUUCUCGAGAACUGGAUAAACUUGGAGCAAAAUAUAAAUGAAGAUACUUCCUUAAAAUUAUCAUCUGAUUCAUCUCGCAAUCUAAGAAAUACUGUCUUGAAUUCCAGUGUCAAGGUGGAAAAUUUUGUGGAAAAGAAAAGUGCUGAGAGUAUGGAUUCACAUGCUCCAGAUAUUCAUUCAAGUUCCAGUAUUUCUAAACCUAGACAAAAGGAAAUGCCUUCACAAGAGAAGAAGGAACACAUUUCAGAAAACAUUAAUUUAUCUGAGAGUUUCACACUUGAGCUCUGCGGGCCGUGGUCGUCGACCUUGCACGACACACACAAAGGAAGGUUGACUGUCGGUGACGGUAGCCACUGCAGUGCAGGCGUGGUGCACAAGACUCCCAUCCUGGCGCCCUGGUACUACGAGGUCGCGGUCACGAGUAUGUCGGUGGCAGGCGCGCUGCUCUCGCUACCUUGCCUUGCCUACAACCAUCACGCCAGCAUCGUGGAUUCUGGCACCACCAAACUUAAGCUGCCUCAAGUCGCGUUCGAUGCGGUGGUGUCUGCACUGGAGGCCGCCACCGCAGGCCUUGUGGACGCUGGUCUGCCUGAGAACUUCUGGAGAGGCGAUGGCCAUGUUUGUUGGACCGACGCACAUAUUGCGUGGUCUUUGUUGCCUACUCUGAGCAUCGGCAUAGCGUCCAGCAACAGCUCGAGUUUCAGCAUCGAGCUCGGACCUCGCUCUUAUCUACGACCUUAUGAUGUAACUACCCCUGCUGGUGGUGCUGCAUCUGCUGGGGAUGCAUAUGCUGGUGGUGCAUCUGGUACUGUGCCUGAUACUGUUGCGUCUGAUGCGACUACACCCAAUAAGUUUACCUCAUCUGCCAUGCCAGCUGAAGCACCGACUCUUGCCAUUCCUUCAUCUCGUGUUGCCACUUCGAAACUUUAUGAAAUUCACAAGCUUGCUGCUAAUGCCGCAAUAAAUCUGGAUGUGGAUGAGCUUUCAAAGUCGAAGAAAUCGUCAACCCUCGAAAUUCUUACUGAAGACUUGAAAAAAUCUAUGGAUACUGAUGGCCAUGAAAGUCUUACAUCAACUGAGACGCACGGCGAUAGUCCAAACGACAACGAGGAGCAUUUACGAGGGAGAGUUGAGACGUCUAUGGCAGCUGGCGCUGAUGGUAUCGAUUCUCACCGCCUCGUACCAUUUCAGGAUUACCUUGCCAAUGACGUGCUCCGUGAAAAUAACCACAUUGCUCGAGCGGAAAUCACGGGAGUAAAUUAUUCGAGCGAUGACGUACUUGUACAGAAUCAUAGUAUACAAUUGCCUGAUACCAAUCUUGAUUCCUUACCAAGCAGUACAUUUGGGUCUCUUAACGAGACGCAAAAAGAAAAAUCACAAGAUAAUCUGACAAGAAUUUUGCCGUCUGAAUUUCCUCCUGCGAAAAUUGAUGCUCUCGCUGCUGGUGUAGCGGAACCUGCUUCAAAUGUGCCAUGCUGGUCUUCGGGCCUGGAACUCUCCAACAUGGGUACGGUGUUGGGGGUCGUAGUUCUUGAGGGUCUUUGUGUACGUUUCGACCGUGGUGCCGGAGUGGUAUCAUUUAGUGAAGGAUCAUGUGGGCCACGCGUUGCUAUUUCAGGGCCCUACCCCAGACUCGAAGCUGAGGUUUGUGCUUCACCACAUCGUGGUGCUCCUGACACGGGCAGUGCUGGCACUGUAGUACUGGCGGCACUACUCGCCGUGCUUUGCUGCCCCCUGGCCGUUUAUGGACUGCGUGCGGCCUGGAGGAUGUCCAGGCACCGCUUCCAACUUUUUCACCAAGCCGAGACUACUUUCAUGUCGCUUGACGAGUCGACGAGUCUCGCCUGAUGAAAACACCUCGCACCGACAGCACCCCAAUUUACUCGAGUUUUGACUCAUGGUCUGCGAGUCUCUCAUGUUGGUUACUGAUGAGAUUUUUACUUCGAGUCUUUAUUUGAGGCGCGUAUUUUGUUCUGCAUUGUUCCUAGUUUAAGUCCGUCUAUGAAUCUCACAACUUACGUAUAAGGGUUUCCUCUUGAGUAUUCACACGAAACUCGAAUUUUGUCUUUGUCCGAGUCAUGCAUUUCGAUCAGCGAUGACUCAACUUUGCUUACAAAAUAAUUUCACUGAAUUUAUAUUGCGCGGGACGAAAGUAAAAAAAAACAUAUGUUUUAUUGCGAACGUGAAAAAACUUAUGUUAUAGGUCAGAAAACAUGACAACUGCUCUCAUUUUUUACUUUGAUAUGAUGUUGCCUAAGAAUAUUUUGUUACCUCUUUACAAAGCUGAGAUUUUUUACAAAGAUCCUGUUGUUGUUUGGUCACAUUACUAUGUUAAGCGUCAUGAUAAUUGGAAUUUGAUUUAAAUUUUAUUAUAUAUUAUCCCAUAAACGUUGGAGACUUAAUGAUCUUUCAUCACGUCUACCUCUCAAUGCCAUUCAUUCUAUUUUUUAUGAAUACUUUGUACGUCCUUUUUUUGUAAAAGUUACCUAAUACUUCGCGGAAUAGUUUCUUACGUUACACGUGUUCUGAUUUAUUUUAGCGGGUGAUUAAAGGUUCUAAGCUUUUAUCUUGUUCGGUCACAAAUUGUAAUGGAAUCAGCAGCAGAAAUUGGUCCACUUCGUUCUGUUCAAUAUCGUGUCUCGGUGGGCCGGACGCUGUCACGUCAAGCUGGCUUACCACUUCAUCGACCAGGUGCCGUGCUAUCAAAAAUGGAUAAGAGCACGGAACUCUGUCAGCAAAUCACGUACGGCUUUUCAAACUAAACUUGCCAAUCAUGGACGAUAAAAUGGUCGCUACGUGUACUUGAGAAAGUUUUGAGUGUACGUCCUCUGAUCAAGCAGCAGCUGUUGGGGCUGCAUUUACUGGUAGGUUUCGACCUCCAAGUCCUGGCAAUCAAGUAUGAAAUAUGUGCCACUGUUAGGAUCUUAUUUCUUUAUUGUAUUGAUUCCUGCUGCUGUCGUCUCACUUAUGUCGUAAAUUAUGACACUACAGCUGACCCAAUGCUGGGUGUUUUUAAACACACGUCGUCAUCUUUAGUCAUUAGUUAUCUUGACGUCACUUUUAACUUCAGUUCAUUGUUUCCUUAUGUCGGUAGUUGUAAAGGAAGUUUUUAUCUUCUCAAAUAGUUGAACCAACUUGUACGCAACUUGUUUAACGUAGUUACAUGUGCGUAUGUGAUAUAAUUUAGCUUUAUGUUGUUAUCUUAUUGUUUUAUUGAAUGGAAAGUAUUAUAUUGCUGCGUGUGCUUCUGUGUGCCCACCAACUUUUUGUGACACCAGAUCCUCUGAAGAUAUUUCCACUAUAAUUAGUCUUACGACCUGCUGGAUGGCUGCAAUUUUUUUUUUCAUUUCACCAAAUUCAAGAAAAUCGGUUUAUUGUCCCACGACCUGUAGGAUUACUUCAAAGAUUAGAGAUUGCGGACCUAAUUCAAUGAAAAAUGUUGACCGGGUUCUCAAUAUCGAUGCUGCAAAUUGCUUUAAUAUUUCAGCCCUCGAGUGAAGUGCCUCUCAGUUAUUCCUCAUUCGUACGGUAUGUACUCAUCUGGUCAGCCCUUCCAUGCAGCGCCCAAGCGCCCAACAAUUAGAACAUGGAGGUGCAUUAACAAUAAUUAUUGCUCGUUUGUUUUAAGGCAUGAUUCUCUGCUAUUCUUUCAUGCACAUUUGAAUUAUGCAUGUGACAUCCGAAAUGUUUGCGUUAUGAAAGCCCCCGUAAUGGGACCAGUUGAAUCACAUGGAGACGUUUUGUUAUCAAGCUUAUCAGCUGUGUCGCUUGCAGCUUUGGUUAUGCCUAGAUAUGUACGUACAGGUACAUCCUACUGCGUGCAUUUUCAGAUUAAUGCAUAAAUAAUAACACCAUUUGUUCGCGUAUAUUAACUUGGAACCGUCGGUGUUAACUGCAAAUCCUUGGUUGUGCUAAUUGUAAGAAUAUAUCCGUAAUUUGUGCUAACUACCCUUAAUUGCCCAUUAUCCAUUCCGGCAUUUGUGAUGCUUUACGUGUAAUAGCUCGUGUAAUUAUUUUAAGUUCUACGUUGCCACAAUUUGUUGUGUUUCUGCAUUAUUGCGUUCGCUCGUCUCAAAUUUUGCGAGUUGUAUUUUAUAUAUUUCAGUUCCCCGUUGCGUUCUCGCUUAUGCCAUGUUAUCUCAAAUGCUGUUGUUUCCUUUAUUUAAUAUUGUUUUUUUUUGUUAUUAAUUGUCGCACGCUCCCGCUACACUAACUUCUAGUCUCCAAACCGUUGUUACUUGUUAAAAGAACCGUUUAUGCUUUACAGCUUCACUUCGCAUAAUAUAUGCAACAUUGAACUUCUAUUGUACAGUAACGCGCUUACCAAUGCGUCAGUUUGGUGAAGAAACUCUUGCUUGUUCUUUUGGUUUAUGUUGUCGGGUGACCGGUUUAGCUUUGCCGUACACAAUCAUGUAGACUCUCACCAUAUAUUUAGCAAUGUGAAGUCAAACGACGAAGAAACUGCUCGCUCUCUAAUAUUCCUUGCCAUGCUUCAGGUGCGCUAAGAACAUAAAAAAUUUGAGCUUGACGUGCGUGUUGCAGCUAUGGAGCCUGGGUAGCCAAAACUGUCUGACCGUUGACCACUUUCUGGUAGUCCUAAUUUCCCUUCGACGUCCGUCAUAAAUAUAACAAUGAUGACAAAUUGGCAGGUGUUGUUAUGCUUGAAGUUAUAUUUUAUCGCGUCGAAAUUUUUUUAUGAUAGUACCAUUCUCAAGUUUACUAUAAUUCUCACAGUCCAGUUCGUUAUCAUACUAAAAUAAUAACUGCCAACCAUCAGUCAUAUUGGCCAAUGAUAAGCCGACCAAGAUUUAAAUUUUAUUCUUCUUAGAAAUAUUCUUUCAUUCUUCUUCAUUCCUAGAAAUAUUCGUGAACAAAGGUUGUGUUCUCGAGGCGGAUUAUCUACGUUGUGCUUGCUGUUAACGUUGUUCUGUUCUCGAUUUUUUUUACAUUGAGUAAGUCGGUCACUCAAUAAAAGAGUUGUUCAAC